AUGAGUGAAGAGCGCGUCUCGCUCGGCCAGUGCCACAAUACACUUGUGGGUUUUGUCGCUUGUCACUUGCGUUUAAGUGAAGAGUUGUACCUCUACUUGAAAAUGGCGGCGAAAGAGGAAGAUCCGGAAGAUUCUGCGGGUUACCGCUGGGAAGGCGGCUAUGAGAAAACAUGGGAGGCCAUCGUGGAGAGUGCGGACGGUUUAUUGGAUCCAUGCAUUAGUGACAUAAUUGAAAGAGAGAAGAGAAAGCGGUAUUUGGAAAGGAACAAGGAUCGUGUCCGACUGGGUAUGAUGCGGCUUCUCAUAAUUGUCAUAGACAUGUCAGACGCCAUGGAAGACAAGGAUCUCAAACCGUCGAGGCAGCUCUGCACUCUGAAGCUUCUAGAGGGCUUCGUGCACGAGUACUUCGACCAGAAUCCCAUCAGCCAGUUCGGCAUUAUCAUAACGCGCAAUAAGCGGGCGGAAAUAGUCUCUCCGUUGUCUGGAAAUGCCCAGAAACACCUGGAAGCUUUAGAAAAAUUGAAAAAGCAGUAUACGUCUGGGGAACCGUCGCUGCAAAACUCCUUGGAUCUGGCGACUCAGGCUUUGCGACUAAUGCCUGGCCAUGCCAGUCGAGAAGUUCUGGUGAUAUUCGGGAGCCUCAUUUCUUGUGAUCCGGGGAGCAUCAUUGGUAAGACCAUUGAGGACCUGAAGACGCACAGUAUUCGAUGUUCCGUGAUUGGCUUAGCUGCUGAAGUCCGCGUCUGUAAGUUACUCUGCAAAGAGACCAAUGGCGAUUACAGCGUGAUUCUUGAUGGUGCACAUUUCAAAUCGCUUCUUUUCAGUCAGGUGAAUCCCCCCAUGGCGACUGCAGCAUUGGAGUCGUCGCUCAUCAAAAUGGGCUUCCCGCAUGCGGGCAAAACGCGACACGAGAAGCGAGUGUCGUUCUGCGUCUGCCAUCCCCCUGUGUCGAAUACCGCGGUGCGGAUCCUCGACGAGGGCUACUUUUGCCCGCAGUGUUGCAGCAAGUACUGCCAAAUCCCGGUCGAGUGCAAAAUCUGUGGCCUCACGCUCGCCUCUGCUCCGCACCUGGCCCGCUCCUACCACCACCUGUUCCCGCUGAAGCCCUUUUCGGAGACGUCGCUCGCUGAAGCAUUGUCGGUUGUGAACUCGGAAGAGGACUUGAUGCAGUCGUAUUGCACGGGCUGCAUGGGCCAUCUGAAGCCGUCGCGGCCCGUGUUCCGAUGCGACGACUGCGCGGAAUUGUUUUGUUCGGACUGUGACCUGUUUUUGCACGAGUAUGUGCACACGUGUCCGGGCUGUGCGUCGCGAACCGACGCCGGCAAGGACGAUCAACUGCGAUACAGAUGAUAUUGGCAAUAGCGUUGUUGUUGUUUUGUCAUUGGGAUUUCGCCUCGUCAAACGGCGUUGUUGUGUGGUGGUUGGAGCCGCGGAGAAUUGCCACGUUUCCUAAAUCGAAAAAUACUGUGUUGCGCCUCCGUUGAAAUUUUAUUGAAGCUCUUGUUUAGUCUAAGCAUUAAUACACAUUAUUCCGCAGUACGUCACGUAUUGGUAUCCCAGAAUUUAGGCUGAAAAAAAGGAAUGAAAGGCUACAGGGUUUUAAUUCGGGCCGUGUAUUAAUGCUAUUAUUUAGAGCCCCAUUAACCGUACGAAAUUAUUUGAAGCAAAACGUCAAAACGACGAAGUUCAGUUCAUUAUUAAGCAAAGGAAUUCUUGGCUGUUGGAAUUUUACAAUUAUUUGCAGCGAAGUUGUUCUGGCUCUUUUUUCCAAACCUCGACCCCAUCAAUGCGCAAAAUUUGUUCAGUUAAUUAUAUAUCAAUGUUUCCAUAUUAUUGAGCUUUGGUUUGACUAGAUAUUGCCUUAUUAUCUAUUGCUACAUUAGUCGAAUCACGCCUUCUUGGGUAGGUUAUUUAUUGUAUCAUUACUACAGCCCCAUAUAAUUUUAUGUCUACUAUUUGAAUGCUUUCCCCUAGGCUUCUUUCUGUUUAAUUUCAACGUCGCACGAAGCGAAUAAUUUUUCAAAACCGGCGAUCUUCCAAAUUUUGACAAAAGCCCGAAGAAUGGAGGAGCAAUUUUUGAAAAA